AAACCACUCAAAAUUCAAGAACCCACUUUUUAGUAUUUACCUCAACAGCACAAAAUCAGAACAAUCGCUCUACGGUAGCCAAACAUUGAAGAACAAGAGGGAAAAAAAACUAUGGCCUAUAUUCUGCCAAAUCUUUCUCCAAUUCUGCUCCAAUCUAAAGAAAAAUACCCGGCUAUUGUUUUCCACCAACAAUCUUCUUCUCCUGCUCUUAUUUCCCCAUCACCAGUGUCAAGUUCUUCUGUUAAUGCUCAGACCAAGCUUGAGCCGCCUCCACCUCGGGGUCUAGCGCAGGUGAACCGGACCCCUGGUGCGCAGGAUAAGAACCAGAACCAGAAGGAUGAAUUUUAUGUUAACCUAGGUUUAGCUGUACGGACCCUUCGUGAAGACCUUCCUUUAAUCUUUACCAAAGACCUUAAUUAUGGCAUUUACAGGGAUGAUAUAACAUUUGUGGACCCUUUGAAUACGUUUACUGGAAUUGAAAAUUACCAAUUGAUAUUCUGGGCAUUGAGAUUUCAUGGUAGAAUUUUAUUCAGAGAAAUUUCAUUAGACGUGCUUAGGAUUUGGCAGCCGUCUGAGAAUAUGAUACUCAUCCGAUGGAACUUGAAGGGUGUCCCUCGGGUUCCUUGGGAGGCAAAUGGACAAUUUCAGGGCACAUCACGAUAUAAAUUGGAUAGAAAUGGGAAAAUUUACGAGCACAAGGUUGAUAAUCUGGCAUUUAAUUUCCCACAGCGAUUGAAACCAGCAGCUUCAGUUUUGGAUAUGGUUGUGGCUUGUCCAGCUAGUCCAAAUCCAACAUUUUUGUGGGGUCCCAUGGACGUGCAUUCAUCGUCUUGGGUGGAACUUUAUAGGACUGUGAAGGAGACGUUGGAUAGCCAAGGAUCGAUGACUGCUCAAGAUUGCUUGGUUACUUGUUCAUAGUGACAAAGGUUAGCUACUAGAUGUUUUUCUUUAUAUACAUUAGAAGAUAUAUUAUAAAUAUUAGUUACAUGUUUAUUUAUAACUUUUGAAGUCUAAAUAAAUCAAAUAAACAAGCUCUAACUCCAUCGUUUGUGCGCCAUACUCAUGGAACUUCACUGCUAUAACGAGCAUCGUUAAGCUGUCACAAGCAAUCGAUAUUUUGCCCUAUCUUGCUGGCGCGUAAUCUACCACAACUGAAAGAAAGAAAAUAAAUGUAGGAAGAAAGCAUUAGCCAAGUUUGCAUGGAAAAACAGGUGUAUAUAUUAGAUGUAAAGAUCUUAAAUAGUUCAUCAUAUGUUUGUAUAAUUGUGAAAGAAAAUACUGGAGCGCGCGUUAGCUAAUAAGGUGUUUGUGUAAAACAGAAUAAUCUGUUAUUGAUUUUGAGGAAGUUCAUUCAUGGUGAUUCUAUUCUUAAA